AUGAUAAGAUAUAUAGGCAUUAAUAUCGUUAAAAGGAAUAUUAUUACUCUAAAUUCGUUAUCAAAAAUAACCAAAAUAAAAACUAAUGUACAACAAAAAAAACAAAAUUUCUCCACAACUCGAUCAACAAACUCGCACAUUGGUCGAACGCCAAUUCUCUAUCCACCAGAGGUGACAUUAACGUAUGAUCCAACUCCAAUAAGUAGACCAAGAGUACCAAGCGAACUAAAUUCCACGAUGUUAACAAUCAGUGGACCACUUGGAAGUCACACGAUGCCUAUUAAACCAUAUGUUCGCCUUAAUUUUGUAAACCCGAUUUUAAUCGAUGGUGAUAAAAUAAAAGUCUCCAAUCCACAAAUCUCAGAAUCAAAAUUAAUAAUAUCAGUAGAAAAGCCACGUGUCAAAGAACAGAAAACAAUGUGGGGCACUACACGCGCAUUAAUAGCAAAUUACGUGAUCGGUGUAAGUGAAGGUUUCCAAGUCCCAUUGCGUCUCGUCGGGGUAGGGUAUCGUGCUAAUAUGGAAGAAGAGAGAAAACUGGUAUUACGUGUUGGAUUCGCGCAUCCAGUAGAAUUAAAAGUCCCUGAGGGCAUUACUUGCGUCACGCCUUCACCAACGCGUAUCGUGUUGAGCGGAACAGAUUGGCGAGAGGUGAAACAAUUUGCGGCUAAUAUUAGGAAGUGGCGGAAACCGGAACCUUAUAAUCAAAAAGGCAUUUUUGUGGGUGAUGAGACUAUCAAAAAGAAAAUUUCGAGAAAAAAAUAA